CGGGCCGAGGCCGCCACCCGUGCGGCGUCCCCGGGCCCCGCUCCUGCUCCCGGCGCCGCGCACUGGCUGGCGGGGCCGGAGAGGCGGCGCCGGCCGGCGGGGCGGGGGCCCCGAAGUGGGUUUCGGGCCGCCACCAGCGCUGGCACCCCGCACAGAGGGCGGCGCGCGGCGGACUCCGCUCCCGGGCACCGCACCGGGCCGCCUCCGGGCUCUGCCGCUCUGCCCCGGCCCGGAAAACCCGGCGCCUUCCAGGCCCUUCGAAAGAUGGAUUCUGUUGACGUAUCUGGCGGCCCUGGCGAGCCGGGUGGAAAGUUGGGUUUUGCCAGAUCGCGCUGGGCUUGUCUUUGUGACGUUCGGCCAGCCCCGCAUCCUCCCGAAGCCGGGCCCAGUGGCAUCAGAGCCGAGUGAUGGACGAUCUGCAGUCCCAGAACCUCUCCAUGGACAUGACUGACUCCUCUCCCGCCUUGGGCAAUAACAGACUGGAGAAUGGCAUGGCCCAGCUGAUCACCACCGAGGCCUGGAACAUCAACUCCACCGACCUGGUAAAGAAGGCCCUGGUGACCGUGCCGGCCCCAUCCAUCCUGAACCCCCCAGCCGAGUCUCAGGGCGGCAUGGCUCUGAAGGUGGCGGCCACUGUGCUGCAGCCCCUGUGCCUCGGGGAGAGCCCGGUGGUGAUGCCCAUUCACAUGCAGGUGGAGGGAAGCCCUGCGCCCGAGCUCAACCCUAACGGCCAUGCGGCCUAUGUCAUGACCACGCAGGGCCCCGUGCAGCUGCCGGUGGUGCUGGAGCAGCACGUCUUCCAGCACCUCAACUCCCCUCUGGUCCUGCCGCAGGAGGCCCCGUGCUCCUCCAGUGCUAUCCACAACAACCUGUUCCAGGGAGCCGAGGACCCCGAGGCCCGACCGCAGCUCCUGGACCUGCGGAUCCCCAGCCGGCCACAGGAGCCCACGUUGCCGUUUGAAGCUGUGCUCCAGAAUUUGUUCCCCUCACAGGGCGCUCUGGGCCCCCCACCCUGUCAGCCUCCUCCUGGAUACGCGCCUGUGCCCCCCCAGCCCUUUAACUCCCCCCUGUCCCCGCUGGUCCCUCCGGCCACCCUCCUGGUACCCUACCCUGUGAUCGUCCCCUUGCCCGUGCCCGUCCCCAUCCCCAUCCCCAUCCCUGUGCCUCAGAGUCCCGAAUCCAAGCUCAGCUCCGGUUUCCCCAAGCCGCCAUCUUCCUUCGGCCUACACCCCUUCAAAGGCACCCCUAGCCCUCUGGAGAAGGAGGAACUGAAGCCCUUCGAUAUCCUGCAGCCGAGGGAGUACUUCCAGCUUAGCCGCCACACGGUCAUCAAGAUGGGGAGUGAGAACGAGGCCCUGGAUCUGUCCAUGAAGUCGGUGCCCUGGCUUAAGGCUGGCGAAGCCAGUCCCCCCGUCUGCCAGGAAGAUGCGGUCCUGGACCUGUCGCUGGCAGCCCACCGAAAAUCUGAGCCUCCCGUUGAGACCCUGUAUGACAGCAGCAGCUCAGUGGACAGCCCAGGUCACGCCGGCGGCACGGAAGUGCCCUUUGCCCCUGCCGCAGCACACGGGGCCUCGGCUGUGAUGGAUAGCCACGUGGGCGGCAGCAACCCCGCCCAGCUGCCCGGCCAGCCCGGCCAGCCCAGCGGCGAGGUCAAGGCUGAAAAUCACAUGGAGAUCGUGAGCGAGUCCCAGGCCGCCAAGGUUAUCGUCUCGGUGGAAGACGCCGUGCCUGCCAUCUUCUGCGGCAAGAUCAAAGGCCUCUCGGGCGUGUCCACCAAAAACUUCUCCUUCAAAAGAGAAGACUCCGUGCUUCAGGGCUAUGACAUCAAUAGCCAAGGAGAAGAGCCCAUGGGAAGCACAGAGCCCCUUAGGAAACCCGUCAAAAACAGGAGCAUAAAGUUAAAGAAAGUGAACUCCCAGGAAAUACACAUGCUCCCGAUCAAAAAACAACGGCUGGCCACCUUUUUUCCAAGAAAGUAAAUAAUGGCUUUUUAAAAUUUUUAUGAUUAUAAUAUGGGGAAAGGUGCAUUUGGUUUUAUAAAAAGGCAUUUAAAACAAAUUAUCUUUGUUAAUUAUUUUGGGGAGUAGUUGGGAAGCGGGAAGGCGAAUUGGCUCUAGAGGCCCUGUAAGCUAGUAUUGUUUUCUUUUUUAAUUUUUGACUUUUCACAAAUGAGUAAAUAAGAGCAACCUAUUUUUCAAGCAGAUUGCACAUUUUUUGCAGCUUUAAUGGAAUAUUGGGUGAAUCAGAGGGGUAAAAAAGCUAUUUUCAUUGCCACAAAGUGCUUUGAUGAUGUAAUACCUAAUAAAGGGUAGGAUGAAUAUUUCACAAUAAAUGUUUGUUUGCACUAA